AUGACUGCAGUAGUAGAAGAAAUGCCUGUUGUUGUGCCGAAAGAAGAAGAUAUUGGUCGAAAUCUUCCUCAAAGCUAUGCUCUCUCCUCUCAAUAUGAAUCGUUAGAUAGCGAUGAUUUAUAUACGAAAUAUAAGAAACUUCAACGGCAGCUUGAAUUUUUAGAAGUACAAGAAGAAUAUGUUAAAACUGAAUUAAAAAAUUUAAAAAAGGAAAUGUUACAUGCACAAGAAGAAAUAAAACGUAUUCAAAGUGUUCCUCUUGUUAUUGGACAAUUUCUUGAAGCCGUUGAUCAAAAUACUGGCAUUGUUGGAUCAACCACUGGUUCCAAUUAUUAUGUUCGAAUUUUAUCUACAAUUGAUCGAGAGCUUUUAAAAACUGGUGCUAGUGUUGCUCUACAUAAACAUUCAAAUGCACUAGUCGAUAUUCUUCCACCAGAAUCUGAUAGCAGUAUAUCAAUGUUACAAGCAGACGAAAAACCUGAUGUUGAUUAUGCAGAUAUUGGUGGAUUAGAUUUGCAAAAGCAAGAAAUUCGUGAGGCUGUCGAAUUACCAUUAACACAUUAUGAAUUGUACAAAUUGAUUGGAAUUGAUCCACCUCGUGGUGUACUCAUGUAUGGUCCACCUGGAUGUGGAAAGACGAUGUUGGCAAAAGCUGUUGCUCGACACACAACUGCUUCAUUUAUUCGUGUUGUUGGUUCAGAAUUUGUUCAGAAAUAUCUAGGCGAAGGUCCACGAAUGGUGCGUGAUGUAUUUCGUCUUGCUAAAGAAAAUGCUCCUGCAAUUAUAUUUAUUGAUGAAAUUGAUGCUAUUGCUACCAAACGUUUUGAUGCUCAAACUGGAGCUGAUCGUGAAGUUCAGCGUAUCUUACUCGAAUUACUCAAUCAAAUGGAUGGUUUCGAUCAAAGUAUUAAUGUUAAAGUCAUAAUGGCAACAAAUCGUGCUGAUACUCUUGAUCCAGCUCUUCUACGUCCUGGUCGUUUAGAUCGUAAAAUAGAGUUUCCACUGCCAGAUCGACGACAAAAACGUCUAAUUUUUUCAACUGUAACUAGUAGAAUGAAUUUAAGUGAUGAAGUCGAUUUAGAAGAUUAUGUUGCACGUCCUGAUCGCAUAUCAGGCGCAGAUAUUAAUUCAAUUUGUCAAGAAGCUGGUAUGCAAGCUGUACGAGAAAAUCGCUAUAUUGUUUUAGGAAAAGACUUUGAAAAAGCAUAUAAAAAUGUUGUUAAAAAGAAUGAACAAGAUUUUGAAUUUUAUAAGUAA